AUGUGGCUGGAGUCCAUAUUACCAUCAGCAGUCGUUUCUGUCAUGAUGGACUUGCUGAAAGCCCUGUUUUAUUUUUUGGCUUCUGUCAACAGCCUGCAGGGGUUUUUACUCCUGCCAUACAUCGGGGGGUUGACGGAUAAUUUCACACGGCUGUUCGGCUGGCUUGGAUUUGGUGCUUGCGUCGUUGACAACGUCUCAGGGCUAUUGUAUCAUGGAAUGGAACUAACCAUCCUUUGCGGAAGUACGUCCAGUUCCGAAUGCUUCACUGUCAAAGGCAGGAGAAUUUUGGAAUUCGUGGUCUUGGCGUCGUUUGCCAUUUUUUUCACUGGGGAAUACGAUCUGCCGCUGAUUUCCGCAUUCCUCAAGACCAUUUCCGCCAUCAGUUUGGCGACUUUGGUAACUUUUCAUCAAACCCAGCCAAACCUCGUCGAAAUGGUCUCGACGAUUUACUUCCCACUGACGACCGGAGCUCUUAUCGCAGUUUCGUCCAUCGCUGACAACGGACACCUUUUCUGGGCCACUUUCAACACCGUUCUUUUCGAUCGGUUCUCUGAGGCCGGGAGACACGUGGAGACAAGCAUUUCGUACAAUGUGGCAGUGACUUUGAAUUUAUUUGUGAACGCCAUGCGAGAAAUGAUGUCAGCCAGGAAAGAACCUUUGCCACCGAUUAGAAAUGCUUUCAUCGACAUCAGCGUGAAACCACCAAAUUAAAUUCAUUCAAAAAAUUGUAUUUCUUUCUCUGACUUCACUAUGAACUCUUUGUUUCCUGCCGUGAGAAUUGAGAAAUUCUCUCCACAUCAUGAGUUUUCCACUCGAAUCCGCAUUGAAAUGAAAAAUCAUUUUCUUAAAAAAAAA